AUUGUAGAGAGUGCGCGAUUGGCGAUGGCGAUGGCGAUGGCGCGGCGGAGGAUCUGACUGAGGUAAGCGCCGCGGAGGAGGAGAGGAGCUUAGAUCGGUGCCAGGGAUUAGAUGUGGGGUGGGCGCGGCAGCAGACAUGUACAAGGACCGCGGGCGCCCUCCAGCAAUAGCAGCGGCGUCGGCGGCGGCAGUAGCAGGGAGUAGCAGGAGCUAUGGCAAGCUGGAGCCCUUCACAGAGGAUGUGUCUUCUCAGUCGCAAUCCACUUCCAAGGGCGGUGGAGUGGGAGGCGUCGGCGGCGGUGGAGCUAAUGGGCAGGAGAAUCCUUCUACUUCUUCCGGCCGCCGCCAUGUAAAGUCGGAAGGAUUCGACAAGAGCAAGUUUCCAGACGAGGAGGAGGAUUUCGAGACCGAUAGCGAGGAAGCCGACGCCAGCGUCUCGGAGGAAGAGGAUGUGUCGUGGAUCUCUUGGUUUUGCGGGCUCAAAGGGAACGAGUUCUUUUGCGAGGUGGACGAAGAGUACAUACAGGAUGAUUUUAACCUGAGUGGCCUCUGCGCCCAAGUUCCUUACUAUGACUACGCGCUGGACCUCAUUCUAGACGUCGAGUCUCCAAACGAAGACAUUCUCACCGAAGAGCAAAACGAAAUGGUGGAGUCGGCUGCCGAGAUGCUCUACGGGCUGAUCCAUGUCCGCUACAUUCUGACGAGCAAAGGAAUGGCUGCUAUGCUUGAAAAGUACAAGAAAGCAGAUUUUGGACGCUGUCCGCGGUUCCAUUGCUCCGGACAGCAGUGCCUCCCAGUCGGACAGUCCGACAUCCCCAGGAACGGGACCGUCAAGAUGUAUUGUCCGAAAUGCGAGGAUCUUUACUACCCGCGAUCAAAGUACCAAGGCAACAUUGAUGGAGCAUAUUUUGGAACUACGUUUGCUCAUCUCCUGUUGAUGACCAACGCCUAUCUCAAGCCCGCCAAGCCAGUUCAAAGCUAUGUACCCCGGAUAUAUGGCUUUAAAAUCCACAAGAGCGCAAGGUAGCGACAACCUCUAUGCGUGUAUAUGUAGAGUAUUGCGCGACGAUCCAUGAUCAUGAAUUUGAUUAUAUUUUCUGGGAGAAGUCAUUCCGUUUCAUGAGAAAUUUAGCUGGAGAUGUAAACUAAUUCAAGAACUUGUCCCGUUGACAGGAAAACUUGGAAGAAGAAAGAAAACUGGCUCAUCAAUGGUGAGCUUCGCUUAAGAAUC